AUGAGGGUCAUAGAAGUUAUUAUAGACGGCUUUAAGUCGUACGCCGUGCGGACGGUGAUUUCAGGAUGGGACGAGAGUUUCAACUCAAUCACUGGCCUCAACGGCUCUGGCAAGUCCAACAUUCUGGAUGCCAUCUGCUUCGUUCUGGGUAUUACGAACAUGACCACAGUCCGAGCGCAAAAUCUCCAGGACCUUAUCUACAAGCGCGGUCAGGCCGGUGUCACGAAAGCGAGCGUUACGAUUGUCUUCGAUAAUAGGGAUAAGAAGAAGUCACCAAUCGGUUUCGAAGAGUAUGCGACAAUCAGCGUCACCAGGCAGAUCGUCCUCGGCGGCACGUCCAAAUACCUCAUUAACGGACAUCGUGCGCAACAGCAGACAGUGCAGAACCUCUUCCAGUCUGUGCAGCUGAACAUCAACAACCCCAACUUCCUCAUUAUGCAAGGUCGGAUCACCAAAGUCCUCAACAUGAAGGCUGUAGAGAUCCUGGCCAUGAUUGAGGAAGCCGCGGGAACCAGGAUGUUCGAAGAUAGGAGGGACAAGGCACUGAAGACGAUGGCCAAGAAAGAGAUGAAGCUACAAGAAAUCACAGGUCUGCUGACAGAAGAAAUCGAGCCCAAGCUCGAGAAGCUGCGGACAGAGAAGCGCGCAUUCCUCGACUUCCAACAAACUCAAAACGACCUCGAGCGUCUGACAAGAGUGGUUGUCGCGCACGACUACGUACAAAACCAAGAAAGGCUGGAGCAUUUCGCAUCAGAUCUCGACGGCAAGAAGCAACGACAAAAGGCCCUCGAGGAGUCUGCGACACGGUUGAAGAGCGAAAUUUCCCAUCUUGAGGAGGAUGUGAGGAGAGUGCGAGCGCAGCGUGACAAGGAGCUCAAGAAGGGAGGAAAGGCACAAGGUCUGGAGGACGCCGUCAAGAAGCAUUCCAACGAGAUUGUGAGACUGGCGACAGUCAUGGACCUGAAGAAGUCCAGCAUGGCUGAAGAGAAAGAAAAGAAGACCGCCGUGGAAAAGACAGUGGCCGAGCUGGAAGCGACCUUGCAAAGCAAGACCGAGGCAUAUGAGGCGACCAAGGCGAAGUACGACGCUGCCAAAGAUGACCUCGAGAAGCAGAGCCAAGAAGUCGAAUCCAAGGAGGAGCUGCUGCAGACACUGCAGACCGGUGUUGCAUCCAAGGAUGGACAGGAGAGCGGUUACCAAGGCCAGCUUCAAGACGCCAGGAAUCGCGUUACUGCUGCCCUCACCGAGCAAGAGCAAGCGAAGAUGAAGAUUGCGCACUUGGAGAAACGCAUCAAGGAGGAGGAGCCGCGCGCAAAGAAGGCAAAGGAGCAGAACGCCGAUCUCCUCAAGGACCUCGAAGGUCUGAGGGCACAAGCCCAAAAAUUGGAGAAGGAGCUUGGCAAGCUGGGUUUCCAACCCGGCCAAGAAGAAGAGCUCUACAAGCAGCAAUCUUCCCUCCAACAGCAGAUCCGCGGUCUUCGACAGGAGGCUGACGGCCUGAGGCGCAAAGUUGCCAACAUUGACUUCAACUACGCCGACCCGGUUCCCAACUUUGACCGGUCCAAGGUGAAGGGUCUGGUUGCUCAGCUCUUCACUCUCGACAAGCAGAAUAUCCAAGCCGGCACAGCUCUUGAGAUCUGUGCAGGUGGGCGUCUCUACAACGUCGUGGUCGACACUGAAGUCACUGGUACUCAGCUGCUUCAAGGAGGAAAGCUUCGCAAGCGUGUCACCAUCAUUCCCCUGAACAAGAUCAACACUUUCAAAGCCUCUGCCCAGGCCAUCGCCACGGCCCAGAGAAUCGCGCCAGGCAAGGUCGACUUGGCCCUGACGCUCGUCGGGUACGACAACGAGGUGUCUGCUGCCAUGGAGUACGUCUUUGGCAACACUCUCAUCUGCGCGGAUGCAGACACGGCCAAGAAGGUCACUUUUGACCCCAACGUCCGCAUGAGGAGUAUCACCCUCGAGGGAGAUUCUUACGAUCCCUCCGGCACGCUAUCUGGUGGUAGCUCGCCCAACUCUAGCGGUGUGCUUGUCACCCUGCAGAAGCUGAACGACAUUACUCGUCAGCUCAAGGAAGCCGAAGGCUCUCUGCACCAACUCCAGCUUACGAUUGCCAGCGAAAAGUCCAAGCUCGACCACGCCCGCAAGAUUAAGCAGGAGCUUGACCUCAAGAGCCACGAGAUCAAGCUUGCCGAGGAGCAAAUCAGCGGCAACUCGUCCUCGUCCAUCAUUCAGGAGGUCGAGAACAUGAAGGAGACGAUUGCCCAGCUCAAGACCGACACAGCGGAAGCCAAGAAGAAGCACUCAGAAGCGACUGCUGAUGCCAAGCGAAUCGAAAAGGAUAUGAAAGACUUUGACAACAACAAAGACGCGAAGCUCGUCGAGUUGCAAAAGUCUCUCGACAAACUCCGAGCAAACCUCACGAAGAACACCGCUUCGGUCAAGGCGCACCAGAAGGACCUGCAGGGUGCUCAGCUUGACUCUGAACAAGUUGCCGGCGAUCUGUCAGCCGCCCAAGAGCAGCUCCAGGAAGUCGAACUCGCCAUCAAGGCUCAGCAGCAAGAUAUUGAGGAUCUUGUCAAGCAAACGGCGAGCCUGCAAGAGACGCUCGACGGCGUCCAGGCCGAGCUGGAUGACGAGCGCGCUAAGCUUCACGGUUUCGACGACGAAUUGCACGCUCUGGAGGAGGCAACCCGGUCCAAAAACGCUCGAAUCGCCGAGGAGAGCCUUGAGAUGCAGAAGCUGGGUCACCAGCUUGACAAGUCCCACAAGGAGCAGGAAUCAUCCGUGCAAAGGGUGGCGGCUUUGGAAAAGGAGCACGAGUGGAUUGCCGACGAGAAGGACAACUUUGGCCGCACGGGAACGCCGUAUGACUUCAAGGGCCAGAACAUCAAGGAGUGCAGGGCGACGCUCCGCAACCUGACGGACCGCUUCCAGGGCAUGAAGAAGAAGAUCAACCCCAAGGUCAUGAACAUGAUUGAAAGCGUUGAGAAGAAGGAAGUCUCACUCAAGCACAUGAUGAAGACGGUCAUCCGCGACAAGAAGAAGAUUGAGGAGACCAUCAUCAGCCUCGACGACUACAAGAAGAAGGCCCUUGAAGAGACAUGGCAGAAGGUUAACGGCGACUUUGGUCAGAUCUUCAACGAGCUUCUGCCAGGCAGUUUUGCCAAGCUGGAUCCUCCCGAGGGUAAGACCAUCAGCGAUGGUCUCGAAGUCAAGGUCUCGCUCGGAAAGGUGUGGAAGCAGAGCUUGACUGAGCUUUCUGGUGGACAGAGAUCACUCAUCGCUCUGUCCCUCAUUAUGGCCUUGCUGCAGUUCAAGCCCGCGCCAAUGUACAUUCUCGACGAGGUCGACGCCGCUCUCGAUCUGUCGCACACACAAAACAUUGGCCGGCUGAUCAAGACCCGCUUCAAGGGCUCGCAGUUCAUCGUCGUCUCCCUCAAAGACGGCAUGUUCCAGAACGCGAACCGCAUCUUCCGCACCCGCUUCAGCGAGGGAACCAGUAUGGUCCAGGCGCUCACACCCGCCGACCUUAAGUAG